AUGCCGCAAAUAAAAACUCGUCUGCGCCUGCGGCCAGUGCCGACGACAAGCCGCGCCUCACAGAAGAGGAGAAGAAGCAGAAUCACAUCGCAUCAGGCAAAACAGAAGCGCCGCCAAGCCAUUCGAGAGGGCUUUGAUCGGCUGACGGAACUCGUGCCUGGUCUGCAGGGCCAGGGUCGCUCCGAGGGACUAGUGCUGAAGAGGACGGUGGACUACAUGCGCGAGCAGCUCGUGCAGAGGCAGGCCUUGAUUGAUCGCGUCGAGCAAGCAGGUGGAGAUGUCGACCCCAAGUUCAAAAAGUGA